AAAAGUUGAGUGAACUUUGGAGAAAUUUGGCGCACCGGUACCUGCGUAAGGGGCGCCAUGCAUGCGCGCUACUCUGCAUCCAGCCCGGGCUCAAUGGGCGUUGCGCCCUACAUCACCGGAGAUCAAGGCUACUACCGGGCUGCCAACGGUGGAGGAUACAACGGCAUCCCUGCCCCGAUGAGCGUGUACUCUCACGCAGCGCACGAACAGUACCCAGCUGGCAUCGGUCGCCCUUACGGUCCGUACGCACACACUCAACAGCCCAAAGAGAUGGUGAAACCCCCGUAUAGCUACAUCGCCCUGAUCACCAUGGCCAUCCAGAACUCAGCAGAUAAGAGGGUCACGCUGAACGGGAUCUACCAAUUUAUUAUGGAGCGUUUUCCGUUUUAUCGGGAGAACAAGCAAGGCUGGCAGAACAGCAUCCGCCACAAUCUGUCGCUCAACGAGUGCUUCGUUAAGGUGCCCCGAGACGACAAGAAGCCGGGCAAAGGCAGCUACUGGACGCUAGACCCGGACUCUUAUAACAUGUUCGAAAACGGCAGCUUUUUGCGUCGUCGGCGCAGGUUUAAGAAGAAGGAUGUGCUGAAGGAAAAAGAUGAAAUACAAAAUAAAGAGACCCAGGCGCAGACAGGAGAAGCUCAGCAAUCAGUAAAGCUUCGAGAAAUCAAGACGGAGAAUGGAUCAUGUACACCUCCACGACGCGAUACCUCGCCAUCUCUUGGUUCAGUGACUAAAACGGAGAGCCAGGACGAAGGUGGGAGCCCGCAGACGCAGCCGGCACAGCAGGCCUACAGCAUGGAUAACAUAAUCGCAGGGCUCCGGGGGUCUCCACCGCAGGCCGCCGCUGCAUUACCAACUUCGGUGCCUCUUGCGUACUCGCCCUCCACGCAGCCGGCGCACUACAGUCCACCGUGCGGCCAGCCGGCAGCGUACCAGUGCGACAUGUACACCGUGGACCGCGGGCAAAGCAACGAUGCCUUACCGGAUUACUCAAGCGCCACCAUUACCACCCGCCAGGACAGCCAGCACGUCCAACAGAGUCGGAUCACACCAUGGUACCUCAAUCACAGCGUGGACUCGAGCUACGGGUCACAGCAGUCCAGCGGCUUUCAUGCGGCUUUCGAGGCGCAGCGACUAGCGCUAAACUCUUCACCAGCGGCCGCAGGCGAUGGAGCCUGUCAAAACCCUUUUUCUGCCAGCCAGCCCCUCUACCGGGCCACGGGAACCUUUGUCUACGACUGCUCCAAGUUCUGACCAAAUUCAUAAAGGCAAAAUACACUUUUAAUAUUGGUCUAGACACUUUCAUAUGCUUAUCAUAUAUUAAUAUUUAAAACAGUGAUUUGUUUGAGCCAGACAAUGAGUAGAGACUGCUGAAGCAGUUUUGGACUGUAAGGCCUGGAAAAAUGAGGUUUGCUUUCGCGGACUUGCCUCAUUAUCUCCAAAAUAAUUUAUUUAAUUAAUAGUAAGAUGGAACAGUUUAAACCAAAUGUUAAUGCUAUUUAUAUAAUACAAAAAUUGAACUUAACUUUGUACAAAAAUGCGGUGUUUAAAUACUCGAAUAUAUU